AUGUAUUAUAGAGAAAGAAAAGUGGACGUUCUAAAGCUGCGUGCAACUUGCGUAUCUUCUGAGCAGAGAUGGUUAAGAGGCAAACAAAAAGUAAUGGAAAGCCAUCUUGCAUUACGUUGUGAGAAGUUUCUGAUUAUGUUAGUAAUAUGUCGUGGAAAUUUACAUUUUUGUGUAGAUAACAUUGUAAAAGAAGCUUUAAAAGCUUUAAAGAAAUAA